UGUGUCAGCCACAAACCCUUCUAUUUUCUCCAUCUUCACAUUCACAAUCAAAAAGCACACUCCUGCAAACAGUGAUCAUACUGAAAAAAUGGCUGCCAUGAACUCAAGUGUGUUGGCCUGCAACUAUGUGAUCUCAGGUGCUUCUGAAUCAAGCAAGAAGCUUUUAUCGAUGCCAGCGAGUGCAUCGAUGACUGUUUCCCAUCAAAGAGUAGUGCGAUCUGUUAGAGCUCAGGGAUGUGAAUCAGAGGAGAGGAGUGAAGGAAGGAGAGCUGCUCUUUUAGGACUUGCUGGUGUGCUUUUCACUAGUGCAGUCACUGCUUCCUCUGCCAAUGCUGGUGUCUUUGAUGAGUAUCUUGAGAAGAGCAAAGCUAACAAGGAGUUGAACGACAAGAAAAGGUUGGCCACUAGUGGUGCAAACUUUGCACGUGCAUUCACCGUGGAAUUUGGCACUUGCAAGUUCCCUUACAACUUCACCGGAUGCCAAGAUUUGGCCAAACAAAAGAAAGUGCCAUUUAUCAGUGAUGACUUGGAGAUAGAGUGUGAAGGCAAAGAAAAAUACAAGUGUGGAUCCAAUGUUUUCUGGAAAUGGUGAAUAAUGUAAAAUAUUGUAGAAGUCAAAUCAUCAAUUUAAUCAACAAACUUCUGUAUUUCAUGGAUCUCCGUUCUUUAUGUACCAUGUUUAUCCUUCACUCUCUUA